AUGUGGCUGCCACGCAUCUCCAGCACCACGGUGACGGCGCUCCUGCUGGCGCAGACCGGCCUCCUGCUCUUCCUGGUCUCCCGGCCUAGGCCGACCUCCCCGGCGGCGGGCGGCCAGGAGGAGCGGGUGCACGUGCUGGUGCUGUCCUCCUGGCGCUCCGGCUCGUCCUUCGUGGGCCAGCUCUUCAGCCAGCACCCCGACGUCUUCUACCUGAUGGAGCCCGCGUGGCACGUGUGGUCCACGCUGCCGCAGGGCAGCGCGCCGGCGCUGCACAUGGCCGUGCGGGACCUGGUGCGCUCCGUCUUCCUGUGCGACAUGGACGUGUUCGACGCCUACCUGCCGCUGCGCCGCAACCUGUCGGACCUGUUCCAGUGGGCGGUGAGCCGCGCGCUGUGCUCGCCGCCCGCCUGCAGCGCCUUCCCGCGCGGCGCCAUCAGCAGCGAGGCCGUGUGCAAGCCGCUGUGCGCGCGGCGGCCCUUCGGCCUGGCGCGCGAGGCCUGCCGCUCCUACAGCCACGUGGUGCUCAAGGAGGUGCGCUUCUUCAACCUGCAGGUGCUCUACCCGCUGCUCUCCGACCCGGCGCUCAACCUGCGCGUCGUGCACCUGGUGCGGGACCCGCGCGCCGUGCUGCGCUCGCGGGAGCGGACGGCCAAGGCGCUGGCGCGCGACAACGGCAUCGUGCUGGGCACCAACGGCACGUGGGUGCUGGCCGACCCGGGGCUGCGCGUGGUGCGCGAGGUGUGCCGCAGCCACGUGCGCAUCGCCGAGGCCGCCGCCCGCAAGCCGCCGCCCUUCCUGCGCGGCCGCUACCGCCUGGUGCGCUUCGAGGACCUGGUGCGCGCGCCGCUGCCCGAGAUCCGCGCGCUCUACGCCUUCGCCGGCCUGAGCCUCACGCCGCAGCUGGAGGCCUGGGUGCACAACAUCACGCACGGGCCCGGGCCCGGCGGGCGCCGCGAGGCCUUCCUGACCACGUCCCGGGACGCGCUCAAUGUGUCCCAGGCCUGGCGCCACGCGCUGCCCUUCGCCAAGAUCCGCCGCGUGCAGGAGCUGUGCGCAGGCGCGCUGCAGCUGCUCGGCUACCGGCCCGUGUUCUCCGAGCAGGAGCAGCGCGACCUGGCCCUGGACCUUGUGCUGCCGCGCGGCGGCGCCAGCAGCAGCUUCAGCUGGGCGUCGUCCUCCGACGCGCACCCUGGGCCUUAG